UGUCACACUUUUGCUACCUUGAGGACUCACUGCGGCGUCCGUGUCUGCAGUACCAGAGAGAACUGGAAAAAUGGCGGCGGGUUCUGGAGCUGUUAGCGGCCACGGUGGCCGCGGCGCUUUGGAGGCCACCCUGGACCGCAGAUUUCAAGGAGUUUCCAACACUAUGGAGUCUAUACAGGGGCUGUCGACCUGGUGCAUUGAAAAUAAAAAGUAUCACAGCCUUAUCGUUCGGUACUGGAUGAAGUGGCUCAAGAAAUCGGACACCAACCACCGUCUGAAUCUGUUCUAUCUAGCCAAUGAUGUAAUCCAGAACUGCAAGAGAAAGAACGCCAUCGUCUACCGCUCAGCCUUCGCUGAGGUGCUCCCCAACGCUGUACUAAUGGUCAAAGACCCGAAGGUACGUAAGUCGGUGGAGCGGAUCUUCACUAUCUGGGAGGAGAGGAACGUCUAUCCUGAGGAACUCAUCACCCAGCUCAAAGCCAACCUGGCCAAGAAGGAGAGAGAGAGGGAGAAGGAGAAGGCUAAAGAGACGCCUCCUCCACCAGCCCCAGUCAACCCCAAAGCUGCCCUGAAGUCCAAGAUUGUGGCUGAUUUCAUACCCCAGUCGUUCAUCGAGCAGCUGGCGGGCUUCAAACGGGUGGUGGAGGAGGAGGAGCUGAGGGAGACCCAGCUGACAGCUCUCAGAGUGGACGUCUGCAGCACGGAGGCCCUCAAGAGACUCAAAGACAAGGCUGGAGGGAACAAGUUUGCCAAGGACUUUGAAGAGGGCGGCCAGAAGCUGCAGGAGUUUGUCAGUUUCCUGGAGAACCAGAUGCCUGUAGGGCCCCCUCUGCUGGAGGCUCUGGGAAACGCAGACGUCUUCUAUGAGAUGCAAUACAAGGAAGUCAAGAUCGUGGCCAGCGCCUAUAAAACCUUUGCCAACCGUGUGGUCAACCUCAAACGUAAACUGGAUGCCCUCAAGUCAUCCCUUCCCGGUCCCGAGGACUCUCCCAUCCCCUCCCCCUCUGAGGACGCUCCCUCACCCACCGGCUCUGACUCCCCCUUCCUGGGGCUGGGAGGAGGCCGAGGGGGUAGGCUGGGCUUUGACCCGGACCUGGAUGGGAGUGCCAUGGACGAGAGGGACAUGGGGGUUGUGAGAGAGGGGGACAACAGAGAUGUGGAGGACAUGGAUCUGUCUGAGGAGGACAUGGAGACAGCCAACACAGCUGAGAAGCAGUCGUCAUCAGCCAUCGUUUCCAAGGUGACCAGCUCCAAGACCGCAGCAAAACCCGCCCCUGUCACACUCGUUCGAACCUCCACCGAGUCCCCUCUCAAAAAGGCAGCCACGUCUACCCCCACGCCAGUGACCCCCAGCACCCCUACGAGCGCGGGUGUGAGUGGUCCUAGCGGUCCGACCGCUCCUCUGGGAAUGAACCUGGCCAACGUGGACCUGGGCAAGAUCAGCUCCAUACUGAGCAGUAUCACAUCAGCCAUGAAGAACACAGCAGCCAGCCCUGUGUCUCGCCCCUCCCCUGGAACUCCCACCACCCCCUCUGGCCAAUCAUCUUCCUCCAAAACCCCAGUUGGCCCCACCCCUCCUAGCCCAGCCCUGGCCAGCAUCCUGUCCAGAGUGAACGUCACCCCUGAAGGCAUCCUCAACGCCCUGUCAAAGACCCACACACAGGGUCUGUCCUCUCUGCUGAGGUCUGGUAGCUCCUCCUCCUCUGCCCCCUCCUCCCAUGCCUCCCCAGACUCCUCAGCAGCCAAGGGCCCCCCCACACCCACCACUCCUAGCAACACCACCCCCCCCCUGACCAACAGUCUCAAACGAGACACACCUGAGAGGAGCAGAGGAGCCAGGGAUUGGGAGAAAAACCGAGAGGCCUCCCCUCCUCCUCCUCCUCCCCCCCCUCUCCCUAGCCGCUCUGUCUCUCCUCCCAGCCUAGAGUCUAAGAUCAACCGUUUCCUCCAGGGGAACCCCGGGUUCAGUCUGGGCCUGGGGGAUGGGAGCCCUCUGCUGGGGGGAGACGGGGUAGACGGGACCCCCGUCAGGGAUGAGAGCGGGGGCACCCCCACCCAGGACGAAAUCAUGGACACACCAGGGGGUGUCUCCUCCGACCCCCUUGGCCUCAACAGUGACCCCAAGAGCUUAGGCUCAUCCAUAGGUCAUGAUCUUUCACCCACGGCCUACCGCAGUGACCCUUGGGACGCCGUCAUCACCCCAACAGGAAGCAGCAGCGACGUGGACUUCCUCUCUUCCUCUUCUCGUUUCCAAGGCUACGGAGCGGGGAAGAAGGCCGCCAAGCUGAAGGAGGAAGAUUCGAAGAGGAAGAUUAGCUCUUCAUCACUGGGAAGCAGCAAGGUCAAGAAGGAUGGACAGAACAGUCACGGGAAGAGUCACGGGAACGACAGAUCAGUCGAAGGAGAGAGGAGAGCGUCCAUAGGUUCUCGCAAGACCAGCAGCGGGUCAGAGGAGGGAGGAAUGAGUGGAACGAGGGAUGAAAAGGGAAAGAGGGGAGGAGAGGAUGGGAGCACCUUUCCAAUCACUGGGGGCUUCUCAAACCGCCAGCCAACCGGAGAGCGCAUCCAGACGGUGGAAAGUAUCCGCGUGAUUGGCCAAGGGCUGCGUCGCGGGGUGGAGGAGAAGGGGGAGGCCAGGCGGAGGGAUGUGGGCGGCUCUGACGACAUGACUUCACCCACCAUGCCUCCCCCGACCUCACACCACCACCUUCCUCCUCAUCCUCAUUCUAAUCACCCUCCCCACCCUCAUCCGCACGGCCCCCCACCCCAGUUUCAGAUGCCCCCCUACCAUGGGGAGAACCCCCAGGGUCCCCUCCCCUCACACCUCCACCAUCACCCCCCUCCUCCCUUCUUCAACUCCCCUCCUCCACCCAUCCCACGCCCUCCACCCCCUCCCAUGCCCCAGCUCCCUCCACCCCCGCGCAACUUCCUCCCCCCCUCGGCAGUCAUGGUAGGCGGGGUUCUAGUCCCCAUUGACCGCCAACUGCCCCUCCCUCCCCAGGUCCGCCCAGACGGAGGAGGAGACCGAGGGGGAUGGGAGGGGACCCAGGGGGGUAAAGGUGGCCCCACUCCCCUCAUGUCCUCUCUGUUAGGGGAGCCCCCUAAGAUGCCUCGUCCCGGCACAGUCAAAGAGCAUUUCGCUCCCCGCCACGCACCCCCUCUCCACCGCCCCGGCACCCCCGGUGCCCCGCCUCCCUUAUUGGGCCGUGUCAAGGAUGGCAUCAACCUCCCUCCUCCCUCUCCCUCCUCCUCCACCCCUCCCUCUCCCUCAGGCGACCCCCUGCUUCCUCGCCCCCAAGCUUCUCCGCUCCAGCACCCUCCAGCUAGCCCGCCUGCCCAGCCCCGACACCCCAACCCCAACCAUCCCCACCGUCCCUCGCCGUCCCUCCUGCGCCUACCCUCUCCCAACCCCCGCCCCUCCAUCAACUCCAUUCCCCAGAGACCUCUACUCCACCCUCGCGGCCCCCCUGUCCAUCCGCACCUAAACCGAGAGCCACCCAUGUUCCGCGGGGGCAAGCGUCCUGGCCCUCCAUUCGGCGGGGCCCGAGGAGGUCCCUUCUACCCCCCCAAGAGACCUUUCUUACCCCCACGCUAUUGAAAUGUUAACCCAUGCUGAAUGAAAAGCAACCCACACACCUAGCUACCCGACACAGGGAGAAGAUGUGUAGAACCCUUAUGGUAUGAGCCCAGUCUGUCCUCACUAUGUUAAUCCUAGUGGAGUCAUUUGUUUUACUACAUUUAGCUGAUCGCACCUUGACACAAACUAGCUCGUCACCUCACCACAAUACAGUACCAGCUUAGCAAUUAUGCACAGUGUUAUGGAUGAAAUAGGUAACCAAACCAAAUCUGCCACCCCUCCUCUCCUCCAAUCCCCAGGAGCAACAAUGUUCUCUGCUUCCCCUCACUAAAGCAGUGAGGGAGUAAUGGAGGUGUGAACUAGAAGGAAGACGACAAGCACAGAUCAAAUAGAAACAGGUGGUUAUUCUAUUUCACUAAAAUUCUACUUACCUCCGGUAUUGUGUGAAUAAGCUGAUAUAAACACUUUCAGAGAGAAAGAGAGCGAGAGAUAGAUGGGAUGGGCUGGAGAGAUGGGAUGGAUGAAGGGAGGGAUAGAUGGGAUGGGCUGGAGAGAUGGAUG